AAGAAAAGAGCGGUGUGAUGGCCGGUCCCCCACAGAGCCCCUCUUCCAGGCUGAGUCGAGACCUGAGCUGCACCAUCUGCCUGGAUCUGUUCAAGCAGCCCGUCUCUCUGCCCUGUGACCACACUUUCUGCCAGGCCUGCAUCUCGGCGUACUGGGAGGAUUCCCCCGCCCGCGCCUCCUGUCCCCAGUGCAGGGCAGUGUUCCCGGAGCGCAGCUACCGGCCCAACCGGCUGGCAGCCAACAUCGUGGAGGCCUACAGCCAGGAGACGGGGCAGGCGGGCCGCGCCCCCCCCUCUCCGGCUGGGCCGCAGCCGCUGUGCUGGCGACACCAGGAGGAGCUCAAGAUGUUCUGCGAGGAGGACCAGGAGCUGGUGUGCCUGGUGUGUGGGCUGUCCCAGGAGCACAGGAGCCACACGCUGGUGUGCAUCGGCGAGGCCGUCCGGAGACAGCGGGCAGUGCUGGAGGGCUGUCUGGCUGCCCUGCGGCAGGAGGUGCAGGCAGCUCUUCAGUGUGAGCAGGAGACGGAGGCAGAGGUGAAGAAGCUGAAGGAGCAAACGACGGACAUGAAGGGUCGCAUUGAGGCGCAGUUCGGCGAGCUGCACCAGUUCCUCGACCAGGAGGAGAGGAUGCUGCAGGUGCAGCUGAAGACGGAGGAGAGGAGGGCUCUCAUUCAGCUGGACGAGAGGAAGGCCGUGCUGAGCCUGGAGGUCUCCCGGCUGCAGAGGGCCCUGGGGGAUGUCGAGGAGAGGCUCCGGCAGCAGGACGCUCAUGUGCUGCUCACGAAUGUAAAGCACCUUCUCAACAGGCCGCAGGUGAAGUUUGAGAAACCGGAGCCAGUCAGGGUUGGCGUAAGCGAGGGGAGGUUCGCAGGGCCUCUGCAGUACAGAGUGUGGAAGAGCAUGACAGCUGUCAUUCACCCAGCUCCUGCUCCCAUUACUCUGGAUCCAGACACCGCCAACCCCUGGCUCAGUCUGUCUCCCUCUCGCAGCUGUGUCAAGUAUGAAAACCAUUACAAUUCAUUGCCGGACAACCCAGAGAGGUUCAACCCUGCCUUGUCCCUGCUCGGCUCUCAGGGGUUCACCUAUGGGACGCAUUACUGGGAGGUGGAGGUGGACAGCAUCACAGUGUGGACAGUAGGUGUGGCUUGCGAGUCUGUGGCCAGGAAGGGGGUGAUCAAAGCUUUGCCUGCAAAUGGCUUCUGGACUCUCUCAUUGUCAUAUGGGAUUCAGUACAUGGCAGGAACAGCACCACCAACCAUACUGUCUCUGGAAGUCAAGCCCAGCAAGAUCGGAGUCUUCUUGGACUGUAAGAGGGGGCUGGUGUCGUUCUACAAUGCGGAUGAUAUGAGCCACGUCUACACCUUCAAGGAUAAUUUCACAGAGAAGCUCUUCCCCUACUUCAACCUGGGCUUCCUGGACAAGGCCAUCACCAACGAGCCGCUGAAGGUGUUCCUCCCGCAGGUGUGACGAGGGGCGGCCAGCCUUUUUCCCUGGUCCCUGUUCCUUUUCUUUUAUGUUAGCAGACAAGAUGUUGUACCCAAACCAAGUCCGUUAGUAGCUGAGUCAGGAGCAGUGGUGAGCAGCAGACCCAGAUUUGAUUCAUAGUUAUCAGCCGCUGUCUCGCAUACCUCCCCCGUGUGUGUGCUGUGUGUGACAGUGUUGCUAACAGGAACAGGGUGCAGCUAGGUAGCACUAAGCCCUCAAUAUGUUGCAAGUGGGUGGGAGCUUUUCUGUAAAGUUCACUUGUGGUGCUUGGGACUCAGUGGGGAUCCAUGGUCUCCAGAAUCAAUGUGUCCUGCAAGUAUUUUUGCCACCUUACAAAACAAAAUAAAAAAUGUGGGACUUGUUUUGAGGGGGGGUAGGGCUGGUUGUAGUGCAUGGGGUUGUGGUGCAGUCUUUAGUUAUUCUCUGCAGGGGCUCCCAUUUGCAGUUACUGUAUUUCUCUUCUCACAGUAUUUCUGCUACAUGUCUGCUUUCUUUGAAACCGUACUCCAUUCUCAAUUCCUGGAACAUCUUGGCUGGACACAUGGGAUCAAAACCUAGCCAAUCUGAGCCAAACACUGGACAGGUGGAAACCCUGUCUGGCAUUUUGUGAAUAUUGUGAAGAACCCAGCAGCUGCUAGAAUAAGACUGCAGGAAAUGCUAUUAAUUAAGGCAGGCAUACAGGUGAUGUACAGAAGCCCGUCAGCACCCUGGGGAUGUUUUGCCUGCCUGUCUGUAGCUUGUAAACUUUUGAGAGGUGUUUGCUGUGGCUAUUAAUACUGAUAUUGUCAAUGUACUGUACUGUGUGAAUUUCUGAGAUAACUUUGAAGCUACUAUACUGUAUUCACCAGAGAAGAAAAAGUAUGUGCACGUUAUUUUGGAUACUUCAUGUUAUACAUUUAAAAUUAUCAUAUAUAAUUUUAGAGUGAGAUUUUAGUGAACAAAAUUUCACAAGUACUUACAACAUUCUCUAUAUGUGAAAUAAUGCCACAGAGACUAUUAUAUAUUGCUUAUGCCGAUUCCUUUUUUGAUGUUUUAAGUUUCCUGUAUAACUAUUAUUAAAUAUUUUACAUACUGUUUGAAAAAUGUAUCUAGAAUUGAGGUUGCAGAUUCAAGUAUUUGGUUGGUUCCAAUAAGAAAAACCACAAAGAAUGUGAAAGUGAACUUUUUGCUUCUUGAUGUGCAAAUACUUCAAUAUGAAAUGAAAUUAAAUUCUACCUUGCUUAAAUCCAUACUAAUACACAAAUUCAUAUUGGUAUCGCCCACCAUUACGCCAGAGCCCAGGUAUGAGUGUGCGGCCUCUGGUGUAAUGGUGGACAAGACAAAAAGGAGAUUCAUUAUCAGUUGUGCACAUUAACAAUCAAUAAGAGUUAGCAAACAGGCAGUCACAUUGCAAGUUGGAUGUAAACACUAAAAUACAUUUAAAUAAUAAAGUCAAUAUCUAUUAAAAAA